UGCAACCCUGCAAUGUAACUAACUGUUCAACGUGAAUUUUGUUGAUGCAACCUACCGACUAUGGUUUUUAAUUUUGUUUUCAAUUUCCCCACAAAUCAGAACAUUACCUACCGCAGACACUGGAGUCACACACCCAUUAUUUGUAUCAUGCAAAUGACGACAUUUCACGCCCAGCCCCGAUGUUGAAAAUGUUUUCAGUUGUUAAAAGUUUACUACAUUGCCCAAGAUGUUCACCAGAGAUGGCAACAUUUUAGAUAGACCAUCAAGAGUCUGCAAGGUAUUAAAGAAGAAUGGUCUGUAUCCUAUGCAUCGGACUGGAGCAGCCACCAAAGCACUUCAACAGCAUUACAAGAACAUUCUAGAACCACUGUCAUUGUUUUCAACGAAUGGAAAUGAACCUAAAGAAUCUUCUGAGCAAAUUCAGGUUGAGCGUCCUGUGACGCCAGUCAAAGACAGUGUAAAGACACCCCCUACCUGUCUGUCGGAGCUCUGCGAGCUGAUUCACAGGAGAAUAUGUGUCAGGCCAGAGAUAACAACAGUGUCCGAAGAAGAUCAGCGAGCAUUGGGGGGUAUCAUCCUAGCAGAAAUAAAAAUCCUUUGGCAGGAGAUUACAAAAUGUAAUCAAAAUGAUCCAGUUCUAAAUGAAGAAGAAAACAAGGAGCUUAAACGUAGAAUAGUCACUCAUAUUGUCUUAGUAUGUGAACAACUUUUCCUACACUACCUUUAUUUGGUGGACAUCUUCCGACAGCGCCAUGUGUUUACUGACGAGGCUAAUCUCUGCCGACUCAGAGGACAGCUUUCUGUCGACUGCACAAAACUUUUAAAUGUCCGUGCAAUCAGAAGCAAUGUUAUCACAGAUAUCAAGGCAUCACGGAAAACACCUGAUUACAGUGAUGGUCUUCUUGAAAGGAGACCGCAGACAUUACAUGCUUCAGGUCUUCCUGUACACUGCCAGCCUGGCACGUGUAAGGUCCAUCACAUAGAGAACAUCCAUUCCUCACAUAAAGCUAGUGUUCAGAAUCUUCCAUUUGAUCUCAGAGAACAAAAGCAUCAACAAUCUUUAAUGGAACAAGGCCUAAGAGAGAUUAAUGAAAAUAUAAAGCCUUUGGAUUUAGAAAAGGUGUAUGAUUUUUUGCCCUGUCCAGAGGAAACUGAUACAUACAAAACUAUGCCAUGUGCUGGAAUAUAUUCUCUACGUCCUACCCGUCAAAAGCACAUGGAUCAGUGCUCUGAUAAGGACACUGAAACUCACCAAGUUUUUAAACUGAAGAGACAUCACUCAAUGCCAGACCUUCAUGCAGAAUCACUUUUUGAAGAACUAGGAAUUAAAUUACAAGUAAUCCGCCCAGAAUCUCCAAUAGUGUUUUGUAACAAUUUUGAGCAGACAGCGAAGGAAAAUGCACAAAAACCUAUAAACCCCGCUGAUGACCUUAAAAGAUUGUUAGGAGACGAUCGUAAGUUAUGUUUAAAAGAAACGAAAUUAAUUGAUCCAGAUGCAGACCUUCCUCCUUUACUUAAAGCAAUAACCCGCAGCAAGGAUUCCAGACUACAGCUUUUACAACAGACAUUACAGGAUCUGAAAGAGGAGGAGGACACGAAAUUGAAGGAAACAGUCACUGUCAAUAAACCAGAGCACCCACAGAGCGCUUUUGUUAAUGUCACAUUGCCUCAGAAAACUAUAGCAAGGACAGCUGAUGUUCGAGUGUCGGACAGAGUAUUAACAGAGAUGAUUGACAUGCAGAUAUAUCCACCUGUAUAUAAUGAUCUGACGGGAGAGAUUGAUGAUUCUUCUGUGAAGUGGUUGGAUCGAAACCUUUUCUUUGGGGAAGAAAUCAAAGAAGUGUACAAGGAAAUAGGCAAGAAAAUUUCAACUCACCACCUAAAAUUUGACCAGGACCCAGCAAUAGAGCCAGUUGCGACGGAAGUGGAUCUGUCAAAGUGCCUGGCCUCCUCAACAUUGACCAAGGGAAGAAGAAAGUGGGUGAUCAACCCAGAAUUAAGGGAAGCCCUUGAGAGCCGAACAUCUAAAUGGGAAUCUAGAAAGAAAAAUUACAUAGAUGGCGACCAUCCGAAACCAGAGGACACCUCAUCUCGAGCAUAUAAAUCCUGGUUGCAGUGGUGGAAAUCCACAGUUAAUUCUGACGAUUACCUGAAAUAUGUAUCAACCAAGGAUUCAGACUACCUGGGAUUAGUUUAUCACUUGUACGACAGUGAUGAAAGUGAUGAUGAGGAAAACGAGAAAACCAAAGCUCUUGCACUUCAACAGAAACAAUUUGAAUUGAGGCAGAAGGAGAAACUUGAUGCCCUGAAGGCAAGGAAGUGGGAUUUUGUACCUGGAAUGUGGAAUGUAAAUUGUAUCUUGCUUGGUGGCCUAGGAGAAAAUCCCGAACCCGAAGAUGUUGAAUCAGUAGGAAAUCAAUCUUUCAACCUGACAAAGACACCCCAAGGAACUUCCCCCACACAAACCCAAAAAGAUACAAAGGGACUAGCAAAAUGUAGCAGUUCUUCUUGGGGACCCUAUCCAGACCUGACAGCUAGGGCUGAUUAUAAACAGCUACAGAACAGACUGGAGUGCAUUUGGGCAGCUCUGUAUGUCCCAGAUGGAGAGAGAAUGGACAUGGCAAUCAAAUACAGUUCAAGCCACAACAUAGGGCGUCUUGGGGAGGCAACCGAAGCUUGGGAAAAAACAGUCAAAUUAAUCCAGCAGAGGGAAUCAUUGCUAGCUAAACUAGAACAAUUUGAGCAAUAUGCAUCUGAUCCUGACAGAUUUUAUGAACCAGGUUAUCGUGGCACAUCAAUCGCAAGAAUGGAUGAGUCCAAACAAAGAGAAAAACUGCAUUCUAAAAUAUCAGCUGUUGAAAUCUUAUUGUCUAAGGUGCUGGGUGAAGUCAAAGACAGUUUCCAUGACACUGUAACGUAUAAAGGCCGCCCCUACAUUGAGAAGAUGCGAUGGGAUAAAACUGAGAUGCUUUACUGGCUGCAGGAGGAGCGUCGGAAGCAGGCGAUGGAGAGAGUGGUGGAUGGUGGAGGAAGCCCUGUUAAACUUCCCGCACUUCAGAGCUGUUUACUGAACACUGAGACCAGCAGCAUCAUAUCGUAAAAUGAUAUUCAUUUCUAAUUCAUUCCAGAAAAGUGCAAUUAAUUUUCAGCAGCAUUAUGGGGGUUUUGCACCCACAAAUCACUUUGCGAGUAUCCUUAUAUCUACCCCACUAAAAUACCAAUUUGGGGUCCAUCCAGUGGUGACACUGUGGCCUACAAGUUCAAUACACAUAUAAUUCCAGUGAAAUAUCUGUUCAGGACAAACUGUGCAAUUUAUGCUGAGCCGCAGCUGAGAGUCUGAGGGGAUUGACUAGAAACUGAGCCUGCUGGAGUUUGAUAAGAAAAAUAAAUGAUGGUAUAUUACGUUUUA